AUGAGGAAGAAGCUCGGCACGAGAUUCCCCGCGGUACGUUUCCUCGCGUAUUUGUUCAAACUCUGUUAGUUCCGUUGCUUCCUUCGGUUUGAUCUGUUUUAUUUACCCGGUUUAUCUGUAAUUUGGGAUGGGAUGGCGUGAUAUGAAGGGCCGGCUGUUCGGCGUCGAUUAUUCUUGCUUUUCUGUUGCUGAUCUGUUGCUGGAUUUCUUCAUUGCGCGUCUAGGAAAUGUUUUUUGCAAUUCGUUACGCAACGGAGAUUCGGUUGUGUUUUAUUGGCUGAAUUCUGCCGUGUUAUGGUGUUCAAAUAUGUUGUAGACGGGGACGCAAAUGUCCUGAAUCGUCUCCGCGGUCUUAAUUGAGUCAUAGAGCGUGGAUCAAGCAUAGGGAUGGACAUCUGUUGUAUGCAGAUGGAAAUACGUGAGAUCCCAACAUGGUCUCGUUUCAAUUUGUGAACAUGGGAUGCAAGGGGCUGUUGUGAAACCGAAAGGAGAAAGAUCCAGAGUUUAUUGUUCCGUUUUUAAUUUAGUUGAAAUGUGUCAGGCCAAUUAGCAAUGCCAGAAAAGUUCGUGUUGGGUAUAUGAAAAGACUGGAAGAGAGGGGUUCUCAUGUGGUCAUUGAUCUUAGCAGCAGUGCCACGAGCAUAUUACUGUAAUGCUGUUGAUAAGUGGUUCUUCUGUUUCACCUUUAAGUAGUUUCCGGAAGUUACAUUAAUACUUAUCUUGACUAACAUGGGACCAUUAUAGUAUGACACCUGCUGGAUUAUCUGAUUUUAUACAGCAUCGGUGGUUGGGAUUUCCCCCUUAGUUCCUUUUUAAGGACGAAGUUUGCCUGGAAAUCCCUCAGUGGCUCACUAGUAGGGUCCUUUUUGAUGCCAUGAGUGUUUCAUUGAAUGAAACCAAGAUCUCAAUUACUUAGUGUAUCUGCUUGAAAUUAAAUGAAAUAUACUUGAAUUGUUGCAUAUGUCACAUGUAAUUAGACCUAUGGAUUUUUAUGAUGGAGCUAAUAGGUUUAUAUUUUCCGUAUUCGUGCUGAUUUUUUUCUAAUGAGUGCGUAAUGUCGAACCAUUGAAAAAUUAAUGUGCAAAUAAUUCGAGGAUCUCAAUGACACUGAAUGAAGGGAAUAGUUUACAAAGGUUGGUUCUGAUUUUAUUGUCGUACUAAUGGUAUUUGGGUACGUCAGAUCAUUGGGAGUAGCCUGGACUAGAAUGAUAAGUAACAUUAGAUACUCGUGCAUCGUUUUAUUUCUCUUUAUCAUAAUAACCGGGUAGGAGGCUAAACGGAUGCUUUCCUCAAGACCAUCACACUUGAAGUUUAAUGGGCUUCUAUGGUCCACAAUUUAUUCAAACUUUGCACAUCUUGAUUUUCAGAGUUGAAAUGAAUUUUCGUAAACUGUACCUCUUAGUGCGAAGAGUUAUGCUUCCGUUGUGUGAAUGUGAAAUUUUGUCCACCACAAGAUGUAGCUACAUAAUCUUUGCUUGUGAUGUACGUGGUCUGUCACUGGGGUUUACUAUAACCUUUGAAGUUUUCAUUAGAGUUACCUUCAUUGAUGGCAUGAGCUCUCCUGUUCUUGGCUGAGUCUUAAUAUAGAGAGUGUUGCCAUAUCAUUGAAAAAAUUAUAUCUUCUACUUUUUAGAAUAUGCUGUCAUUUACAAUAUUUCUCUUAAAUUUUUUAUGGGGGUAUCAUUUCGUUCCGCUCAUGCUAUGUCUCUAGUGAUGACUUCAGAGCAGAGUGAUCUUGUCUUCCUGUGGAUGCCAGCGGCAUCUGCAUAUCAUUUAUGAUUUGGUGCAAUUAAUGGCUCUACUGAUGGAAGAAUUUUUUACUACAUUGCAGUCUCGUAUCAAAAAGAUUAUGCAAGCAGAUGAGGAUGUUGGAAAGAUCGCCUUGGCUGUGCCUCUCUUAGUUUGUGAGUCAUAAACUGAGCUUAAUUUCCAAUGUGUUAUCUAAUUUCUCCUUUUUUGGGGGGAAGGGGAGGGUGGGAUUAGGAUUAGUGUCUUUCUGCGUUUAUUUUUCAUAAUUAAUAUCUUUUUAUGACUAUUUUCCCCGUCAGUUUUGAUGACCAGUAAAUGUGGAUGAUGUAAAUUGAAUGGAAUGAAGUGCUGUCCAUUUUACUUAAUAUUUUAGGCAAUAAAGUACAGUGACAAUAGCAGUAUUCAUAGAAGCAUACCCUAAUAAAAAACAUGCUAUUUAAUGCGUUAAAUUUUUUAAAGUGAAUGAGCUCAGAUUGUAAUAGCUAUUGCCUGAGACAGAUUAAAUGAGUAUAUACCAAUAGAUGUUACUCCAUCUUCCAUCUGUUACAUAUGAAUUGAUGAGCUAAAAAAAGUUCGUUAUAUCUAUAUCGAGAGAGAGAGAGAGAGAGAGAGAGAGAGAGAUCCAUAUCUGUCAUUCUGACUCUAGUAUAAAAAUUGAGCUUCUCGCAUCAGAGGAAGCUUAUGGAUACAAUGUACACCACACCUCUUUACUUCUGGGAAUUAGAUAAUUUUUUCAUCAAAAAGUUUGAAAAUGUGCAUAGAUCAAAUUUAGAUCGCAAUCUAUGGUCAUUUAUAAUUAGAUUUCCAUGAAAGACUAGUGAAACAAUUCUGUAUAUGCCACCAACCAACUAUGUAUCCUAGUGUGGGUUUCUCAUAGGUUUAGGGUUGGUGAUUUUCUCUAUGUAGCAUACUCGUCUAGCAUUUUUUUUUCUAAAAUAAUUUUAAUGUUUGUCAUUGGUUUUACUUUUCCAAAGUUGAUUAGCGUGAUUGUAGAAUAUUGUUUGAGGAAUAAGACGGGAAACAGCUACGAUUGGAUUUGUGAGACCAACAAGAGUGAGAAGAAAAAACAGAAAAAUUCUCCCCUAGCGUUUCACUGUAGAUGCUAGUAUUCAGGAUCAAAUGGUUAUUUCACAGUAACUAACUCUUAUAUUGACUUUAACAUGGGAAGAACAAAAUAUUCACUGCAAUGUGCUGCUGGUAUCAAUGUCAAGUUAGUCAAAAUUCCUGAAAGGUUUUGUUGGCACUGUCACUAAUCUUGGUGUCGUGUCAACGUAAGUCAGAUCUAUGCUAAUGGCAGUGAUGGGAUGAUAAAUAAUUAAUUAUGUGCCGUUUUCAAUUUCUCGUAAAUCAUUCUAAGGUGAUAACGUGUAAAAUAUGUAAAGUUAUUAAAAUUUGAUAUUUUAAUUCGACAGAUUUCAUGCCACCUAGUGGUCUGCACUGGUUAUUCUGCUGGCACUUCCAGCAAUGAUACGUAUUAUGCAUUUAUUCAUGUUAGUUUUCAGAUUCCAUUUAUUGAAGCUUUAUUGGAAACGCAUAUUCUUUAUUAUGCCUGCCUUAAAGGUCUGAAACAUGUUGCUUGCUGCAAAAUUCUGUCAACACUCGCUUUUGCUUGCUGUCUGAAAAAUUCCAUUUGAAGUCUUUUAUAGUUGUAGCACUCGUUGCUGGACAAAAUGAGUCAUUAUUCGAGUGGAUGUAUUGCAGCAAAAGCAUUGGAGUUGUUUCUGCAAGAUCUAUGUGAUAGAACAUACGAAAUCACCCUCCAGAGAGGAGCCAAGACAAUGAACUCUCUGCACCUGUAAGUUAAGCUUGUAUAUGCCUUCUUUGAUUUAUGCAUUUAAAUACCUUACACAACUGAAGAUAUGGAUGAUCUUUGGAAAUAACUUAGAGAAAAAAAGAAAAUCUGAGUUUACUACUUAGAAAAUAUGGUAGUGACUUUCUAAUGUAACCCAAAUCGAAUCAAUCUUUUCUUCCGAUUUUGAUUUCCAAUGAGUAGUCACAAGGGGGAGAUACAAAGAUCCUUAAGUUGAUGCUCAAUAGACAUAGGUGCAUACCGCAUGUAGCGUAUAUAUUUAGAAAUAUACCCCAUAUGUGAUGUGCAUAUUUAUAUAUGUAUAUUUCAGAAGUAAUGGUGAUCACACUCUACACGACCGAUUUUGCAUCUUGAAUAAUCUGACUGUUAAGAUGAUGAUGACUUUACUUCUUCAAAAAAAAUUCCAUGGAAAAGAUAGAAUCUAAAAUCUCGUUGACAGUCACAUAUUGCCCGUCUUGAUGUAUUCAUAUUCACAAAAUGAUUAAUGUGCUUUAUGGAGAGAUCACUGCAAGGAGAAAGGAACAGAGAAAAAUACUUGACUGCAUAAACCUUGGCCCAAGAAAUUCCCCAUGACGUUAAACUCAGGAAUGGUGGAGAUUUCAUCCUAUGAACUGAGAAAACCAGGGCAUCAUGGCUUUCAUCUCUGUUUUUUCCUGUUAUCUUAUAAUUUCUGAAUCAUCGAUUGCAUACAAGAGUCUCGUCUAUAGUGCUUGUAGAGAGGAAUGCUUUAAUUCGGAUUUCUCUUUAUUCCAUGGGAAGAUGUAUUUAUAUGAGAGAAAGGGAUACAUACAUAUUCAUAUAUAUCAAGAUACAAAUCCGAAUUAAUUUUGGCUUGCUAUCUGUCGUUCUUGUAAUGCAUCUGACACACACAUUUCUUGAAAUUUCAGAAAGCAAUGCAUAAAGAGUUAUAGUGCCUUUGACUUCUUGACCCACGUCGUGCAUAAGGUACCUAACUUAGGUGAAGCACAUCCAAAUGGAGAGGACAAGGGCAUCUCUAGAAGACGGUAAGUGUCAUACAACAAUCCUUAUCUUGUGCACCCACACUUUUAAGUUGACAAUCAUCUCCCACCUGAUCGAAGACAACCUUUUUAUAGAAAAAUAUUGCCAAAUGAUCCAUACAUAGAGGCUGACGAGGAUCGGAAGUCCCAGAAGACGGUAUACAUCCCCCCCUCCACCUGCCUCCUUGAAGUUUCCAUCCACUGAUCUCUGUUUGCAAAUGAGGCAAUCUUUACAGCAGAUCACAAGAAGCCCGAGUCUCAGAGGACGAGGAAGAGGAAGAGGAAGGGGCAGAGGUCGGCCGUGCAGCAAUCCGGCCGAGCACGACGCAGAGCAGAAGAAAUCCGAAGAUCUUGGAAGCAGCUCCCUCGAACGCGAGCCGCCCUUCAAUGUAGGUGAAUCCAGUGCCAUGGACAGCGCCGCCAAUCCUGGCAGCAUACCCGGUAACCUCAAGCCCAUCUCCGACACUUCUUCCCACGACGAAGAUUCCUUUAUCGAUGGUAUGGGUAAUUUCCAAACCCCAAACCUUGUAUAUAUGCCGAUGAGAGUAGAUGAUGAUGAGGACUAUGAUGAGUAA